AUGGCUGCCCCCAGAUUAGCCAUCGCUAGGCUCCGGUUCGAGCACCACCAGACCGGGCUCGGGGUGCCCGUGCCCGCCCCGCGACUCUCUUGGAACGUGGUGGCCAAGGGUGAUGAGAUCCCCGCCAACUGGAAGCAGGAGUCGUAUGAGAUCCAGAUCAAGCGUGCCGGUGCCGCCGAGCCAAAGACCUUCACCGCGGCGACAGACUCGACUGUCCUGGUGCCCUGGCCGGAUGCGCCGCUCCGCUCAGCGGAGGCGGCGCAAGUGCGGGUGCGCUCGCUGGGCAAGGCCGACGCCGGCGAGUCGAACAGCGAGUGGUCGGACUGGGCGGCCGUCGAGGCGGCGCUGCUCGACAAGAGCGACUGGGUCGCCAAGGCGAUCACGGCGCCGGAGCGCACGGACGCGCCGCACCCGGACGAGAACGGCACGCGGCCGUGGCGGUUCCGCAAGACCUUUGAGGUGGCGCCGGGGAGGAAGAAGAAGGGGGCCCGCUCGCGCCUCUACAUCACGGCCCUGGGCGUGUACGAGGCCUACCUCAACGGGGAGCGCGUCGGCGACGAGUGCCUCGCCCCCGGGUGGACCGCCUUCCAGCACCGCAUCCAGUUCCAGGUGUUCGACGUCGGGCCCUUGCUCGUCGACGGCGCCAACACCCUGGCCAUCGAGGUCGCGGAGGGGUUCUACGUCGGGCGGCUGCUCUGGGGGGACGGCGUCUCGGGCAUCUACGGCAAGAGGCUCGGCGCCAUGGCGCAGCUGUCCAUUUUGGACGACGAGGCGGACGCCGAGCCGUCCGUCGUGGUGCAGACCGACGAGAGCUGGUCCUGUGCCAUCUCUCCCAUCGUGGCUAGUGGUAUCUACGAUGGCGAGACGUAUGAUAUGGACCAGGAAUACGACUUUACGAGUUCUGCGGCGUCGUCUUCGGGCGCUUGGAAGCCAGUGGAAGUUCUCGAGACGCCCAAGAUCGAGUUCGUAGCCGCGUCGUGCCCGCCGGUGCGAGUCACCGAGACGGUGAAGCCGGUUUCCAUUACCAAGGAUCCGGACGGCAAGACACUGGUAGACUUUGGCCAGAACCUAGUAGGCCGACUGCGCAUCCCUUCGCUCUCUCGGCCCGACGGACACCGGGUCGUGCUCCGCUUCGCCGAAGUCCUGGAGAACGAGCGGCUCGGCACCCGGCCGCUGCGUUGCGCCAAAGCCACUGACCGGAUCAUUUUCGGCGGCGGCAAGGAGUUGAAAGACUGGUACGGCCAUUUCACCUACCACGGAUUCAGAUACAUGGAGGUCACCGGCUGGGGCGCGGAUGACGCCGACCAGCCCCUGACCACGGACUCGGUCGUGGCGGAGGUGAUGCACACCGACAUGCUCCGCACGGGGCACUUCUCGUGCUCCGACGCCAAGGUCAACCAGCUGCACCAGAACGUCGUGUGGUCGAUGCGCGGCAACUUUGUCGGGAUCCCCACCGACUGCCCGCAGAGGGACGAGCGGCUGGGCUGGACGGGCGACAUCCAGGUCUUUGCGCCGACGGCCAGCUUCCUCUACGACUGCGGCGGCAUGCUGGCCAACUGGAUGCGCGACGUGGUCCUCGAGACGGCGGAGCAGGGCGGCGUGGUGCCCCUCGUGGUGCCCAACGCCCUCAAGGCCAGCAAGCACCCGGUCAAGCCGCAGGCCGUGUGGGACGACGUCGUCGUCCUCGCGCCCUGGACGCUGUACCGCCACUUCGGCGACGCAGAGGUCCUGCGGUCGGCCUGGGCCGCCAUGAAGCUGUACCUGCGGGCCAUCCCGCGCGGCGCCGACGCCCUCUGGACGCCGGACCUCUGGCAGCUCGGCGACUGGCUGGACCCCAACGCGCCGCCGGCGGAGCCGGGCAACGCGCGCACCGACGGCGCGCUCGUCGCGGACGAGUACCUCGUGCACGUGACGGGCGUCAUGGCCGAGAUCGCGGGCGUGCUGGGGCUGGCCGCGGAGCGGGAGGGCUUCCGCGCCGAGCACGAGGCGCUGAGGCGCGCGUUCCACGACAAGUACGUCGCCUCCUCGGGCCUGGUCGUGGGCGACUCGCAGACGUCGCUGGCGCUGGCGCUCGUGUUCGGCCUGCUGCGCGAGACGGGCGGGCAGCGGCGCCGGGCGGCCGAGCGGCUGGUGCGGCUGGUGCGGCUCGCCAGGUUCCGCGUGUCGACGGGCUUCGCGGGCACGCCGGCCGUGCUGCACGCGCUGUCGGGGGCCGGGUUCGACCAGGUGGCGUACCGGAUGCUGCUCGAGGAAGGGUGCCCGAGCUGGCUGUACCCGGUCGGCCGCGGGGCGACGACGAUCUGGGAGCGGUGGGACAGCAUGCUGCCCGACGGGCGGAUCAACCCGGGCGAGAUGACGAGCUUCAACCACUACGCGCUCGGCAGCGUGGCCGAGUGGCUGCACCGGAACGUGGGCGGGCUGGCGCCGCUGGAGCCCGGGUGGAAGAGGUUCCGCGUGCGGCCGGUGCCGGGGGGCACGCUGACGGGUGCGAGGGCCAGCUUCGUCAGCCCCCAGGGCGAGAUCAGGACGGAGUGGGAGCUGGCCGGGGACGGCGUGGUCAAGGUCGGGCUGACUGUGCCGCCCAACGCGACGGCCGUGGUCGAGAAGCCGGAUGGAGCGGUGGAGGUCGGCUCCGGGGUGCACUCGUUUGAGUGGAAGGUUACGCACGAGCAGGCUUGGCCGCCAAAGGCCAUUUCACAGGACAUCUAG